AUGUUCUUAUGGGGGAAAAUGUUCUUGUUCUGCUUUUUUUUUCUUUUCUGCAUUUCCCAUGGAUUUCCUUUUCACACCACUCACGGCAGUAGCGGAACGCCUUAUCAUCACCGUAGCAGAAUUUGCCUUUAUCAUGGGGGUGUGGUGAAUCCUUCCCUAUGUUCUUUGUUCAUGGUGUGGGCCAUCCAACAGCACCUUUUAUUCGGUGGGACGCGGCACCAAGUCACGAGGGGAACGGGGAAGGGUCAUCUUGGCGGAAUACCUUUCGAACCCAUCUUACUCAGCGUUGAAGUAGGGAAAGCAAGAGUUUUCCACUAUGCUUAA